AUGCUUCUUAAAAGUGUCUUGCUCCUGGCUGCAGCACAGUCUGUCUUUGCCAAGUGUAAAUGUACCCCUACCGACGAUUGCUGGCCCUCUGUGGACACAUGGAAUACCCUCAACAGCUCCGUGAACGGAAAACUUGCACGCAAUGAACCCAUUGCCAGGCCCUGCUAUCACGGCCCAGGCUACAGCUCCGAGCGCUGUCAGAGCAUCAGUUCCAACUGGACAAGCAAUGUUUACCAGGCAACUUUCCCGAUUGGAUAUAGCUAUCCACUUGUGGAAAGCUGUCCCCCUAUUAAUGCCACGGUGGCUGGCUACCCACAGUGCGACCUGGGCAACUAUCCUGUGUACACCGUCAAGGCGACAACGGCGGCUGAUGUUGCUGCCGGGAUUCAGUUUGCAAACGACAAUAAUGUGAGAUUGGUUAUUAAGAACACUGGCCAUGAUAUCUCGCAGCGAUCGCAAGGAUACGGCAGUCUAUCCAUUUGGAUCAAGUCUAUAAAAGAUGGACUCCAUUUUCACAAAACGUUCGUUCCUUCCAAUGGAUCAUGCCCAUCCAACUGGACUGGAAGUGCAAUUACCGUGGGCGGCGGAUACGUGUGGCAGGACGUAUACGACUUUGCCGGCGAGCACGGCGUCAUCGCUGUUGGUGGAGCAGAUCCAACUGUCGGUGCUAUUGGAGGCUUCAUGCAGGGAGCCGGCCAUGGCCCCGUGAGCCACUUCUUCGGACUCGCAGCAGACCAGGUUCUGGAAUACAAGGUGGUACUGGCAUCGGGGGAGCUUGUCACCGCCAAUGCAUGCCAGUAUACAGACCUGUUCACUGCUCUCCGUGGAGGAGGUGGAGGCACCUACGGCGUGGUCCUAUCGGCCACGAUCAAGGCCCACCCAACGCGUCCUGUGCUGGGCCACAAUUUAGACGUCAUUGCACUGAAUGGAAACAACGCUGCGGUUCUCAACGCGACGGGCAGAAUCAUGUCGAAAUUGGCAGCUCUCUCGGAUGCAGGGUAUUCCGGUACUGCAAUCCUCACGCCUUUACCUGGACCAUUGGUAUAUACACAUCCUUUCCUGAACCUACUUGAGAGCAAUUCCACCGAGGCUGUAGAAAGUGCCAAAGACGCCAUGAACCGGCUCAUUCUAGAUGACCUGCUCCCACACAACGGAACCUCAUAUCUGGUGUUAUCCACCUUCACCAGCUACCCUUCGUUCCAUGCAUACUACUCCAGCACCCACCACACAACCCCCGGUUCGAAUAGACCGCUCAUGGCGUCGCGGUUCUUUGACAAGCAAACACUGGAGUCUCCAAAGAACAAUCUGACAAGCUUGCUCGAGACCGUCACCACUAACACCGUGCCCAACAGCAGCCUUUGGGCAACUCUGUUUAACAUUGUCGCCGGCGGUAAAGUUCUUGAACCUGUACCUCAUACCUCUAUGAACCCGGCGUGGCGGAGAGCCCAUCUCCUAUUCCAGCAAAUCGAGGUCUGGCCUGAAGAUUUUGGCACCGAGGAGAUUCAACAGUUUAGAAACCAGCUCACCAACAGAAAGCUGAAAGCGAUGAAGGACAUGGCUCCGGACAUGGGCACCUAUGUCAACGAAGCAGAUCCGUACGACCCGGACUGGCGACAGGACUGGUUUGGAGACAAGUACGACUGGCUCGCAUCGGUCAAGAAGAAGUACGACCCGGAAAACGUGUUUUGGUGCUGGCGAUGCGUGGGAAACGAGGGCUGGGAAGAGGUGACGGGAGGUGCGUGGUUUGGACCGCUGUGCGAGACUGGGAAGUAG